CUCACUUAUCCACUGUGUGAGCUGUCAUUCUCACCACACGCAGCUGUGGAAAUGAGAUAAAACUGAGCAGCCACUUUAGGAAGCUCUCACUCAGCCAGAAACCUCUGAAGCCCAGAAGUAAAAACGUUUGGUGACUUGUUAUAGUGCUGGAUGGCAGCUGUUUUCUGCAAGCAUAGGCGAGAUCAACAGGAGGACGGCAGUUUCUGGAUUUUUCAAAAGCAGAAGUGAAGUACUUUUGUCUUUCACAUUUGAUCUUUUGCUGGAGACAUUUUUAACUACACACUAGCACACCUCUGAAGAGACUAUGAAUGUGCUGUCAAACCAGGUGAUCAGGGCCCAGGAGCAGUCUCUACCUCUCUGUGGCCCCACGUCUGUCCAGGAUUUAUCCCACUGCCCUCCAGGGUUCAACCUGACCUCCCGCCUAAAUGCUGCACCCAUGCUUGGCCUCCAGAGUGGCCAAAGAUCAACCAAACCUCAGAGGGAGCUGAGCCCAGAGGAGCAGCAGGAGCUCAGGAGGAAGAUCAAUAGCAGGGAGAGGAAGCGGAUGCAGGAUUUAAACAUCGCCAUGGAUGCCCUGAGGGAGGUCAUGGUGCCUUACGCCUCCUCGCCAUCUUCUGCCUCCUCCUCUCAGUCCCACCAGCCCGGAGCCCCUCCAGGCCGCAGGCUUUCCAAGAUCUCCACCCUGGUUCUGGCCAGAAACUACAUCCUCCUCUUGGGUUCAUCUUUGCAGGAGAUGCGGCGGCUGCUAGGGGAGGUAAGCGUUGGGAUGGGGAUGAACACAGGACCGGUCCCCCGGCUGCUGUUUGCUGGAGGUUGGCCCCUCAUCUCUGGCCCCAGCCAGCUCCUCCUCACCCAGGAGUCCCUCCUCACCUCAGCAGCCCCCUCCUCCACUUCCUCCACUUCAUCGUCCUCGGCUGCUAAAUGUACCCUGUUAUCUCCGGGACCCAUGGACGCCUCGCUGGCUCCUAUGCAGUGGAGCUCUACAGGGGCCUCAGGAGGGCCCCUGUGCCCGUGUGGAGUCUGCAGACUGCCUAGAUUUAGCCAUUCAACUCCGGCUCCAAGAUUCCCAAAGUGACACCAUGAAGUUGAAGUUGAAAAGGAUUUCCCGAAGAACGGACUUGAUGACUGUUACAUGUAUGGAACUUUUUUAUAUGAAUUGUUAUUUUUCUAAUAUUUUUAACACAUUUAUAAUAUCUUCCUGUAAUUACUCACGAUUAUCCUUUGAUCCUUUCAAACCUAAUGGAUCUAUUCUGUAUUUGGUAGGACAGUUUUUUGAUGAAGUAAGUCUAACAAUCCCCUUUUUGUUUCAGAGAGAAGUUGUAAUGCAUUACUUCUCUUAUGUCACAAACAAAGAAACAAUUGACUACUUUGAUGAUUUUUGUAGAAAGCGUAAGCUGUAAUGACUGAUUGCAGUGUUGUAGAGUGUUGGGUGAAAGAUGUUGACAAUUUUAGGCACCCACAAGUGGAGAGGGCCCAAAUCAAGGACUGAAAUAAAAAAUAAUAAUUUUUAAAAGAUCUGAAACACCUAUUCUCAGUUUCUUGCUGUGAGCAAUAUACACAAACUAGCAGAAUAGCAGCCAAAGUGGUUUUGUUAUUUUCACACAAAGGAUUUCUGUAAGUGUGUUUUGUCUGUGCUCUUUUCAAGGAGUUUAAAGUGGGCAGAGUUGUGUUAUAAAAUGGUAAUUUAU